UUACCAAAUCCCCGUGGCGCGGGCCCAAUCUUUAGGGUUACGGCGGUAGGGUUAAGGUAAGGCAAGAGCCUGAUCUCUCGGGGCGAGUGACGGAGAGCAACACCCCCUCACCCUUGGCGUGUCGAGUUUGCCGCCAUCACUUCUGUAGAGUAGCCCAGUCUGAAUCACGAAUGUGAAGGCGACAAGAUGCCGUCAUUCACUGCACAGCCAGCCGCGCCCUUCCCCGAUGGCCUUCCUUUGGCGGACAUCUACACCGUCGACUGCGACAAGCUCCGGGCGGGCGAUGAAGUGGACGAGAGGAAAGUGUACGAUGCCUCGAGGGGGUAUGGCUUCUUCUACCUCACCAACACCCAUGUCGACUACGACUUCAUGUUUGAUGUUGCCGAUGAAACAUUCAGUCUCCCCCUCGACACCAAGAUGCAGUACGAAAUGGGCAACACCGGCUCGUAUUUCGGGUACAAGAUGAGUGGAAGUAAUUAUGUUGAUGCUAAGGGAACGCCAGACAAGGCAGAGUUCUACAAUGUCUCCAAGGACGAUGUCAUGCGGAUUGGACGAUACAUGGAUGACCCUCUGCAACAUCCCGACACUAUCGUUCGCCGACGACCCGAGCUCGAAAGAUUCAUGGCAUCGUGCCACGAGGUCACUCUUGUGAUACUGCGGGUAUUGGAACGCCAACUCGGGCUUGACGCUGAUGCUCUCCUCAACAUCCACAAGCUUCACGAGCCCAGCGCCGACCAAGCUCGGGUUACCUUUGCACCCCCAGUCGGGUCCGGUGAAAUCUUAUUUGGCGAGCAUUCCGACUUCGGAUCAAUCACCGUCUUGUUCAACCAGUUAGGCGGCCUGCAGGUCAUCAACCCCGAGUCGUACGAGUGGAAAUACGUGAAGCCGAAACCUGGAGCUGCGAUUAUCAAUUUGGGCGAUUCGCUUAUCAAGCUGCUGGGCGGUAGGUUGUACAGUGCUGUGCACCGCAUCAUGGGCCCUCCCGGGCCGCAGGCUCAGUAUCCCAGGCAAAGCGUGGUCUAUUUCUCAAGGCCGAACAGCGGUAUUCUACUGCAGAGCUUGUUUCCGGGAGAUCCAAAGGAAGAGAACCCCAUGACGGCAGACGAGUGGGUGGCUCAGCGAGCAAAGCUGAGGAGAACGGCGAAUUAUCAGGACGCCGCUUCUUUCAAAGCCAGUCGAGGAACGGAACAUCUCAAUGGCCGGCUUGAAGCAACUCUAGAUGGAAUGGCUAAGAGUGAUCGUUAAGCCUAUACACUAUACGAUCAUAGUGUGAUUCCAGACCGUCCAACACCCAUAUUAGACGAUCUCACUCUUUACGGUCGAUUUACCGACGAGGCAUUCAUUCGCGUUCAUCGGUACGCACCGGCUGCAUUUCCUCACCAAAGCUUCAAUUACCCAAGUAUAUACCGACUAGUAACUCACAAAGUUCAAACCAUGCGUCUCACC